AGAAACAUUUUGGUGCGAAAUAGGCAGAGAUUUAGGUCGUGGUGAUGGCGGCACUGGUGCUGGGCGGAGCGGUCGUGAGUCGGACAGAAAGGCUGGUGCCGCUGUCUUGCUACGGUGAUGCAAGGCGGCGCCAUGAGCGGCGGCGGCGGCGGCAGUGGGAUGGCAAGACGCAGCAGCAGCAGCAGCAGCAGCAGCAGCAGCAGGAGGAGGAAGAGAGCAGGGUGAGCAUCACGGUGGAGGAUCUCGGCAGCAGCGCAAGGGAUGCCCUUGUGCGGAUGGCACGAAGGGGCGACGAGUGGCGAGCAAGCCUCGUGUCUAUGACUUGCUCGGCUGCUGUGGCCGGGCGAUCCGCGUCCGCAGCAGACUUGAUGGGCUUGGGGGCGCUGUGCCUGCUUCUCGUGGCUCUGGCGACCAAGGCUGUCAUGGCCUUGGCGGCCAGGGGAAAGAGGAAGCUAGUGGUGAGGAGAGAUCGGAGCUUGGGCGGCAGGGAAGUCGUAGUUGCCGCGCACAACAAGAUACAGAGCAGGCCCCUGAUCCCUCUCCACGAUUCCCCAUCCAACCUUGAGAGGCGGCAGCAGCAGCAACGGCGGCCAAGGAAGGAGGAGGUGCCUGCAUGGUGGCGCCCCGCAUCAUCACCAUCCGCCGGUGAUUCGUUUGCUCAAGCCGAGGCCAAUGCGCUUGUGCGAGCGGUUGUCAACAAGCGUUUGGGUGGCGUAGACUUCGACGAGGAGGACGCUGUACAGCUCAGACAGAUUUGCAGACACUCUGGUGCAAGGGUUGAUUUUGGCACCGAAAACACUCGUGAUUCCUUCUUCCGAGCGGCCGUCGGAUUCGUUUUGUCUGCCUGUUCCAGGCUAAUAAGCUCCGGUGACAGCGAGGUGGAAUACGGCGGGGAAAGCAUGGUGUCUUUCGUGUGCGGUUUGGCCGCAAAUAUAGGCUUGGAGCCUGCGAAGGCAGCUUCAAUUGUGAAUGCUGCUGUUGCUGCACGCACUCGUGCAGGAUUUUUGCAGGCGUGGGCGAACGUUGCCCAAGAGAAGAUGAGCGACGCCAUGUCCGACAUCAGGCAGCUGGUGUGCAUGCACCGGGUUUUCCCUCCCGAGCCCAACUCGCCUCACAUGGAGAUGGUUGGCCGUGGCUUGGAAGCACACCUUACUCCCCAGGAGCGACUGGAGCUUCUGCAAAUCUACUCCAAGCUAUCGGCACAAGGGGCUCGUGUGGCAGAGGAAGCUCUGUCACUUCCUUCUUCCUGGAUCAGCCUAGGUGACUGACUAAUCGAUCCAUCUGGUAGGCGAACCAAUCGACAAGAGCCAAUCAAGAAAGCUGCAUGCCGUGGCACCGAAGUUUGUUGUGUUGGACCGUCCUUAUCGGGUUUGGUUUCGAGCAAUAUGAGCUAGCGAGAGUGCGAGAGAGUUUAAAACGCAGAGUGCCUUGCAAGCCACGACGGCAGACAGGCAGGAUAAUGAUUUGUUUAGCUGCAAAACAGGAGCGUACGUUGUGCGAAAACACCGCGAUCAAAACUCAUUCUCUCUA